CCCAAACGCCAAGACGGCGAUACAAUAUGCUAUAUUCUUCAUCUGUUUUUUUUGAUUGGCUAUACGGAGAAUCCGCCCUUUACAUAUCCACCUAACCUUCCCAGAAUUAAAAGUGAUUAGGGCAAAGUUUGUGUUUCUAGAUAGCAAGCAUGGGAUACGUCUCCGACAACAACCUCGUCAACUAUUUCCCCCUCUCUACUAAUACUACUACUCAACCUCAUCAUCUUCUUAUCACACACUGCGAGAUUAACGGCAACGAUCACGACGACGGUAGAAGUAACAUUUCUGUGGCGGCGACGACGUCGAGAUGGAAUCCAACACCCGAGCAGAUCACGACGCUAGAAGAGGUUUACAGGAGCGGAACACGGACGCCGACGACAGAACAGAUCCAAAAGAUAGCAUCCAAGCUCCGUAAAUAUGGCAGAAUCGAAGGGAAGAAUGUGUUCUAUUGGUUUCAGAAUCAUAAGGCCAGAGAGAGACUAAAACGACGCCGUUGUGAAGAAGUUGCUACUGACAAUGUUCGUGAACCACAUCAAGACGUCGAGGAUUCAUCAUCAGGUGGUUAUCGGGUUGAUCGGACAAAGAGCUGCUUAUCUUUUCCACAAACAGACCCACAGCCACAGCAUGAAUUAGUUCCGGCGAGUUACAAUAAAGACGACAAUGCUAAUAAUGGAGAUCACGGGAGGACAGAAGAAUCAGAGAGGGUAUCGGAGGGUGGUAAAGACAUCACGUGGAGAAAUCUUGUUACUUCGUCGUCGGUAACUCAAGAAGAACCAGGAGGAGAAGUUGAAACGAGGGAGAUCCGAACUUUAAAUCUCUUCCCGGUUCUGGAGAACCAAGAGAAAACCAGCUGGUUUGAAGAGAAGAAGAAUGCGAAUGCAAGCCAAGCGUGCUGCAACUACUGUUUCUACUACGAGUUCUUGCCUCUGAAGAACUGACGAGCCAAAACCGUACCCAUGUGUGAGUAAUAAAUAAGACUAGAAGGAUUUAAUGAAGUUUUAUUUGUUGUUUUGUCCAAAAUGUUCUUCUUAGAUGGACGAGAACAGUUUGAAAGAUGGAGACGUGUAGUAAAUGUUGGAAGGGUUUGAAGAUUAUUAUUGUUAUGACUUAUUACCUAAAUGUGAAGUUGGACCAUGUUGGGGGCUUUGG